ACAAGGUAUUUUUGCAAUAGUUCCAUAAAGAUUUUAUGCGGAAAUAAAAGUGUUUCAUUUCACUUAUUCGCAAUUAGAGGUAUUCGUUGGUUUGCAUUGUACAGAAGUUAUUUUCACGGCUAACAUUGUAACAAAGGAUAUCUAUUUGGAAUCAUCAACAGCGCUGCAUUUGUGUUUCAUUCUAAAUGGGCGCACCAGCUUUUUUCAACCCCGCAUUUGUCCUAUUGUUGGCUUUUGUUUUUGUAGUGCCAACAUUUGCACUGCCGGAGAACACCUUCGAUCCCGAUGAGCUAUGUCCGUUAAUAGCCUAUGGAACUAAAAUCAAAGAUCCUAAUUAUUGUCAUGUCUACAUAGAAUGUAGAAGUGAUACAAGUACUUCGUUCUCCUGUCGUCAGAGUGAAUGGUUCGAACGUAAUAGGGGAAAAUGUGUUAGAAAGGGAACUAUCAAAUGUCUGUCGAGUCAACCAUGUUGGGGUCAGCACGACAUAUUUGUAGCUGAUCCCUACUCGUGUCAACGAUACUUUUACUGUGAGAAUGGUGAGGGCGUACAACGUCAUUGCCAGGAUGGCUCUAUGUUCAAUCCAAAUUCCAGAAAAUGCGAUUCUAACUAUCGUUGUAAAAUUACUCUACUGCCUGAGGACUAUUGUAAUAUUGUGCCAGAUGGAGUUCACAUCAAAGAUCCCCUUACCAAUGAUGGCUAUCACACAUGCAGAAAUUCAAAGAUGCAUUAUGAGAAAUGUAAAAAAGAUCAUGAAUUUAAUGCUGCUAAGGGCAAAUGUGAGAAAGCAAAAAAGCCAGAGAAACCAGAAACUACGACACAAAGACCAGAAAGCACUGAUACCCAGCCGCCAACAACAGAGAAAACAACGGAAGAGCCUGGAAGUACUGAACAUCCCUCCACAACAAUCGAACCAGAAACUACGGAAACUGUUACAACAGAACAAGAAACUACUAGAGCUACGGAAACAGAAACCCCUAGCACAUCAGUAGCUACUCAAACUACAGAAGAUCCUGAAACGACAGAAGAGCCACAAACAACCCACACUACUGAAUUGCCUACCGAAACACCAGAACCAGAGACGACGACAGAAGAACCUGCCACCACAGAAAAGCCAACUCAAACUACAACGCUUGAGCCAUCUGAAAGUACUGAAAACCCCAACUCAACAGAAGAGCCUCCAACUACAGAAGGAUCUGGAACUACCAACGGUACUACAGAGACAACGCAAGAGCCAGAGCUGACUGAAAGCACAGUAAACCCAGAAACAACUACAACUGCUAAUACCACAACUCAAGACCCUUCUACGGAAAGUCCCGAAACUGACCCCACCUCAACGGGGCAACCAAAUACAACGCCUGAGCCUGAAACAACUCAGCCAACUGAGACAACAACCACACCAGAAGAAUCGGAAACUUCAACCCAGGAACCAGAGGUGACUGAAAGCACAGUUAACCCAGAAACAACCACAACUGCUGAUGCCACAACUCAAGACACUUCUACGGAAAGCCCCGAAACUGAACCCACCUCAACAGGGCAACCUAAUACAACGCCAGAACCAGAGACAACACAGCCACCUGAAAUAACAACCACAACAAAUCCUGAAAUCCCUAACGAAGUAAAAUGUUUAGAACAUGAUGUUUUCAUAUCGGAUGGUCAAUCCUGUGAUGGUUACUACUACUGUAUGAUGACCCAAACGGGAGAAUUCCAGAUGCAAUAUGGUCGUUGCAAUCCCGAACGUUUCUUCACUCCCGAAAAUGGAGGCUCUUGUUUGCUCCGUUCAAAUGUUCGUUGUCCCUAUAAUCGGUGUAUCGAUAUGGGCAUUGAUCAUAUGCAAAUGGCUAACAUCGAUGGCGAUGGUUGUCGUGGAUUUUCAUUGUGUCAGGAUGGUAGAGAAAUCGGCACAAAUGUAUGCCCAAAUGGCUUUUACUUUGAUGAAGUCAAGCAACGUUGUACAGAUGAAGUGGUAUCCUAUGUUGCAUGUGCUAAAAAUGAUUGAACAUAAAUACAAUUGUAAUCAAUAAUAAAAUACUCGUAUAUAGUUUUCCAA